CGGCGGUGGCCGCUACGUGAUCUACGUCCCCGCCGGCACGUACAAGGAGCAGGUUGUCAUUGACACCCCCGACAUUAUCCUUAUCGGGGCGGGGGCGGGCUCUACUGUCGUCACGUACGACGAGAGCUACGGCAGCGGGUCGAGCACGUUCGAUUCCGCUACAGUCGGAGUGAACAGUGACCGGUUUGUCGUGUUCGGGAUGAAAUUUGUGAAUACGGCCGGCCCCGACAACCACCAGGCUGUAGCGUUCCGCGCUUCUGGCGACCAGUCGGCGGCGAUCGACUGCUCGUUCGAGGGUGCGCAAGAUACACUAUACGUGGACGCGGGUCGGCAGUACUACACGAACUGCUACAUCGGCGGCACGCAGGACUUCAUUUUCGGCGACGCGGCGGUGGUGAUAGAAAACGCGAAGAUUCAGCUGCAUCCGAGCAAGUCGUUUAUUACCCUCACGGCGUCGGGUCGCGCCAAGGACACGCCGACGGGGAUCGUGAUCCGCGACUCGGCGGUGAGCGCCGAUAGUGGCGCGGCGAAGGCGUUUCUCGGGCGGCCGUGGAAGAAGUGCGCCUUCACCGUCUUCGUCAACACCGUGCUGCCCGCGAUCAUUCAGCCCGACGGGUGGUUGUCGUGGAACGAGGGCAGCUGCAUGUUCCUCGCCGAGUCGGGCAGCAAGGGCCCCGGCGCAAAAUCGUCCCGCGCGAGCUGGGUCGAUCCUGGGAUCAUCUCGAGCGCGUCGUCGCAGUACACCGCCAGCAGUUUCGCCGAGGUCAACUCGUGGCUCACCUUCGCGUGAACGGCUGGGACCGACUCGUGACUGUAACUGAAGUGCCUUUUUAGGAGUGGCAUGGCUUGAGCUGGGCCUGCCAUAUUGAGCGAGAUGACUUCCUGCACUCAGCCAUUUCGUGUGCUUGUAAUGCGGGCGCUAACCUGUUGUCAACAGUAGGAGUUUCAAGAGUUGUAGUGCACCAUAUUUGUAGUGUUUUAGGCCACUUUCCAUGUCUACGUAUUAUGCCAAUAUAUGUUUUCCAUAAAU